AUGGCAGCAAAAUGCGCUGUGCUGUCGCUUUGCAGAGCGGUGGUGGAGGCCGUGCAUCGCCUGGAUCUCAUCCUCGGCAACAAGGCAGCGUACCAGGAGGUGUUCAAGCCUGAGAACAUCAGCCUGAGGAACAAGCUGCGGGAGCUGUGUGUGAAGCUGAUGUUCUUGCAUCCCGUGGAUUAUGGCAGAAAAGCGGAAGAGCUGCUCUGGAGAAAGGUUUACUAUGAAGUUAUCCAACUCAUCAAGACGAAUAAGAAGCACAUCCACAGCCGCAGCGCCCUGGAGUGCGCCUACCGCACUCACCUGGUGGCCGGCAUUGGGUUCUACCAGCACCUGCUGCUCUACAUCCAGUCCCACUACCAGCUGGAGCUGCAGUGCUGCAUCGACUGGACGCACGUGACGGACCCGCUGAUGGGCUGCAAGAAACCCGUGUCUGCAUCGGAGAAGGAGAUGGAGUGGGCGCAGAUGGCGUGCCACCGAUGCCUGGUUUACCUGGGGGAUCUGGGUAAGAGAGCAUCGUCUGGUGAGGGAACCCUGGUGUGCAGGAAGAGUGGGCACAGUGCUGGGCUCCCCCCGACUGCUGGGGUUCUGUCAGAUGCAUUUGUUGGUGACAGAAGGGGCAGAAGUGUCGGGUUUGCGCUGCACGCAGCUGUGGCACCGUGGGUGCUGAGGACCGCAAGCCUUUCCUUCAGUGCUGUUUGUUUGGAUGGCGUGUGGUGCAGGAUGGCUGCAGAGGCAGAGAUGUUUUGUAUUGGGCCACCAUGGGUUGCGUCCUCGUGUGGGGCUGUGUGUCACCCUUGUGAUGGCACAGCUGCCGUCUGAGGUGUGUGAGUGUGUUGGGGUGAGGGGAAAGGAAGGAAAUAUCUGUCAGAGAAACCAAUCAGCCCUUGGAAAUGUGUCGUGGUGCAGGGCCUCCAAGCUCCUGGAGCAGCUUGGUGCCAUGGAGUGUGGACCAGCCUGAGAA